AUGAAUAUAUUAAGAUCUUUUGGUAUUGAUCCUGACGCGUAUCAAAUUAUUUAUGUUACCGAUAAUGGAUCGAAUUUAAUUUCUGCGUUAGAUGGUGAAGCACAUAUACGGUGUAUUUGCCACUGCAUUAAUUUAGCUGUUUCACAAAGUCUUGAACAAUGCCCAAUGACUGAUUUAUUAGUAUCAGAAUGCCGACAAUUAGUCGAACAUUUCAAGCGAUGUGAACUUCAAAGUAAACUUGCAUUGACUUUAAAACAAGAUAUUUGUACGGGAUGGAAUUCAACUUAUGAUACUUUGUGGUCGAUCUGGUUGAAUUAUGAAGAUGUUGAAGAAAUUUUAGCAAAUCGAAAAGAAGAAAAAUUUAUUGUUGGUAUUGAUCGUUAUUUAAUAAAAGAAGUUACUGAUUUACUUUCGGUAUUUAAAAUUGGAAGUGAAAAACUAUCAGCUGAUGAUACUCCAACAUUGCAUUCUGUAUUGCCAUGGUUUUCGAAGUUUAAAAAAACUUGCGAGCCAAAAAAUACAGAUACAUCAUGCAUUGUUCAGUUCAAAAAGAAAUUAUUAGAAAAACUCGAUGACAAAAUGUGGAUCUCAGAAAUUCAUUAUAUCAGCACAUUCCUCCAUCCUGAAACUAAAUCACUUGCGAUAUUAACUCAAACUCAAAGAAAUGAAGUUGUGCAAUCAGUUAAAAAAAUGCUCAAAACAGUUGGAAUUGUUGAAGAAAAAUUAGAAGUAAUACCAACAAAUGAUAAUGAUGAAAGAAAGAAAAGAAGAAACAAACGAGCGAAACGUGAUGAUAUAACAGUAGAUGAUGUAUUAAAAGAAUUCGUUUCCAAUGAAAAUUUAUCUAACGACGAUGAUGAUCCAUAUGAUGAAGUAAUUGAAUACAUGAAAAGUAAAGUGAAUUAUGAAAACGACGAAGAUGUAUUAUCAUGGUGGAAAAAGCACUCGUGUAUAUAUCCACAAUUAUCACGUUUAGCUGCAGCACUGCUUUCCGUUCCAUCAUCAUCAGCAUCUAGUGAACGUAUUUUUAGUGAAGCUGGAAGAAUUCUAGAAGCACGACGACAACAACUGAAUCCUGAAUCUCUUGAUUCACUUGUUUUUUUGCGAAAUUUUAGAUGA